GUCGCCUGCUACCGUAUCUGUCAAUGUUAGGUUUGUUAUCUGUCAAAAUUGUAUUGGUUAUUCAAUAUUGUUUUGAUUAUAGAGAACUAUAGUAUUCAGUUCUAACUAAGCGAGUCUAAAUAGUUAAAAUAUUAAGCGUUUGUGAAAUUAGUUUUUAAGUAAAUUACCAAAUACAUUUGCGACAUGAGGUCUUAUUAGAUCUUAGGGUGGGUUUGGUAAAUAUUGCUUCUUUGAAGUAAAACACAAUGAAUGGCCCAAGAUCUAGCUACAGGUCCCAUGGCAGCUCGUUGGACAGGUGGGCGGAACACCAAAACUCACACCGGAACAACUCUGCCGUGAGCAAGAUGCAGCACCACUUCUGGGUGACCAAACAGACAGUGUUCCGCAGGCUCGGGAAGAAGGAAGACGACUGUAUUGUGGCGAGCGAUGCAGAACUGGACGCCAAGUUGGAUCUUUUCUUGUCCAUACAGCAGUCCUGCAUGGUCCUACAGGGCAUACUCGAGGAGUACCAGAAGAAGAGCAACUCCCUGGCGUACGAAGAAAAUUCAAUGGGCAGGUUCCUGAAAGAGUCAUCGAAGCUGAACGAGAAGACAGAGGCAGGCAAGAUGAUGGCUGCUGUGGGGAAGACUCUCUCAACAACGGGGCAGCAGCGGCUUUCUUUUCAAGAUCCCCUCCGUGGAUUGCAGAAGAAAGUCGAAUCCUUCAGAUUGCACGCAAUCGCGGACACGCUCCAGACAAUAGAGGAGAUGGAGAAGACCAGGACCAAGUACAGAGCAGGACUCAACUGGAUGAAAGACCUGUCCAAGCAGCUGGACCCGGAGAAUCACCGGAUGAUGGACAAAUACAGGAGGGUUCAGGAACACGUGAAGCAGAGUCGUGUGGAUUUUGAGCGUCAGAAGCUGGACUGUCUGCAGAAGGUGGACUUGCUUGCUGCGGCGAGAUGUAACAUGUUCUCACGAGAACUGAUACAGUACGAGAACACACUGAAGACAUUCGCGUCCAAGUGUGUCAACAUGUUCUCCAAUAUAUCUGCAACAUUCCCGAGCCACCCACAUUACAAGUUUACCGAUGUAAAGGAGUUAGCAGAAGAGGCGCCUGCAAAACCAGAAAAAGACGAUAGUGACGAUAAGUUGUUGGCUGUGGAUGACCUCAUCGAAGCAGAUACACUGAAACAGCAGGAGGAGGGGAAGGGGGAGGGAAAUCCAGCAGCUGUGUCUAGCAGCAGAGAAGACACCGGAGAGGGGGUGCUGCUAGCAGAUCUGCUGACAGACGCCAUGCCAGACAAUCAGCUGCUGCCCUCUCAGCUGCUGGCGCAGCUCUCGGCUGACAUGCCUCUCUCCCUCUCUCUGGCCUCACAGUAUCCCUUGCCCUCAGCACCAUCACAACUCCCUCUGCUGAAGUCAGGGCUGAACCAAGAUCAGCUGAAAAUCCCUCCAAAAAAUUUAGAUCAGUCCCCUAACAAACCUUGGUUUGACUUAUUUGCCGAGUUGGAUCCGUUAUCGGACCCUGACGCAGUCGACAAGACUACACCAAAGGAAGACCGUAACUGCUAACACCCUGUUGUACUUAUCUCCUCGAUUUCACUUCAGAUACCUAUUGUGUUUUGGGCUACCAAUAUUUAUUUAAAAUAAUAUAUUCUUCGUUUAGUAUUAUUAUUUAAUGUUGUUUGUUGAAGAUUACUUAUAGGCACUGUAUUUAAAUAUUUAUGACUGUUGUAAAUUUUACAUGUAAGCUUGAAUGAUACCGAGCAAAAAAUAACUGUACUGAAAUUAUUUAAUGUUUUUUUUGGCUUUUUAGUUCAAGUUCUCUAAAUACUGUUGAUUUAUCAAACACCACUUAUACAAACGUUUAUAUUAUUGGCUUUUUAUAAAAUUACACAUGAAUAAGACUAAGCAAUGUGCUUUAUUCACUUUGUCACAGAAAUAGUUUUUUUUUUAUAUUUAGGGUAAACAUCAUACCAGAAAUUUGAGUUCACAAUUCGUCCAUCAAAUGUAUAUUACCUCCUUUUAGAUUUAGAUAAGACAAUAACAGUAUUUUUCCAAAGAAAAUAUGUGUUAGAAUUGACAUUUCUGAAUGUGUACUUAUUUAUCACGUAAAUUAGUCUAAGUUUAGCUCCACUUUUGUUUAAUGUUCCAAGAGUUAGCCUAUUCAUUAAAUUCACUGCUGUUGUAAUUUUUAGUUUAAGUUGGUGAAAAAAAACAAAGUAAAACCCCGGUUAACCAAAAUAAAAGGGGUACAGACGAUUCAGAAAUUUUUGGGUUAAUCCAGUUAAAUAUAAAAAUAACCUAUUAGAAUGGGUGCGGAGCAGGAGGGAGAUGACUCACAGCAGCCGUUUGUUGGCUGACAGACUCAACAUGGUGGGCGCUGACUCAGCGAAGUUCAGCAUCGGUUGGUGUGGGUGAAUAAUCACAAGGUCACUUCUUUAUUUACCCAGCCAGUUCCUAUAGUGUUGCAUUAAGCAGGGUUGGCGCAGUGUUCUGCUGUUGAAUAUAAACUAUUUUGUUUGGUUAUAUAUAUAAUAUAUAAGGAACCAUUUCAGUUGGCCGGGGUUUCGGAUUUUAAAUGAUCACAAAUUUUUGUUCAAUUGAAAGUUUGUGCGGAAAUGUUAAAUUAUUUAUCUUAGAAAAUUCUAGAACAGGAAUAUUUUUUAAUUUAUCAGAAGCAGAUAAUAUUAAUGUAUUAUUUUUGUACAUUGCUCCCCUCAGUGGAAAUGCUUCUUUGAAAAAACACCAUCACUGCUGCAUCUCCCCUUCGUAGAGCACCUUUUGAAGUUCAAACACUUGAGGAUGAAACUAGAUUUUAGAGUAUGCAAAAAAUUACCAAUACAUGAAGAAAGAUAAUGCCUCAAAUAUGUUGGUGGCAUAAUUUGUGCUGUAGGUAGUUUUCUUAUAAUACACCAUUUUACUUUUAUUAUUGCAUAUCCGCAUUCAUAUUUGCCAUUUUUCUGUCAUGAGGAAUCAAUCGAUUAGAACAUCUUUGAGACGACCAGUACAGGAACAAGUUUAGGAAAUUUUUUGACAAAUGAGAACAGGUUUGAGAGAACCUUUGAGAGAAGAGAUUUCGCCACAUUUUCUAUACUCAUCCUCUUGUUGUCUGGGUAUGAUGAUGGAACUUCCUUUCCAUUACAGAUUACGAUUUGAUUUGAAAAUGCCUCUCCUCUCCCAUACUGAUUCAAUAACUUCUGUAUUUCUCUGUCAGUCAGGAAAAAGGCGUGGAAUUGAUCGUCUUAAUAUUUCUCUAAUGAAAUGUUUAUAUCAGUGAUUCAUUGAAGACAAAAGGGGCACAGAUGUCCUUUUAGGAGUAAGUACAGGAUCCUAGAUUAUUUCCUCAGAUAAAAAAUAUCUUCCACUAAUUUGCAGAUUAUCAAAAGUUUUCGUCAGAUAAAUUUAAUCAAGAACAACAGCUGUGAUCGUCAUUAUCCACAGCAUGAUCUUUGUAAAACAUAUUUUAUCCAAUUAAACUUUUGGGUUCUUGUGAGAAAACUAUCUUUAACUGUCCGUGGAAUGUGGUAAAGCUUGUAAGUUGGGAUUGACAUCACAGCUUAACUUAUCGCAGUUCACUCUAAAAGCAAAUAUUAUCUACUGCAAAAGUCAUCUACCCUAGUAGACUAGACCUAUCCCCCAGUGUCAUGCAUUUGCGGUUAGUGAUGUGCCGCUCCUGGACAUUCAUCGAGAUGCCCAGAUUGAAGUGAUAUUGGUUUUUGCUGCACCUUGUAUAACUUUUGCUCACAGAUAUAAACCGGUAGCGGUAUAUUGAAUUACAAGGUAAUCACAAAUAGCAGAUGCAAAAUCAUAAUGUUAGGAAUCAAAGCACAAGUGAAUGCACCUGCGAUUUAUCAGGAUAUUUGUCGACUACCUAGACACUAGCUUUAAGAGUACAAAGAAUGAAAUAGUUGUGGUGGAACAGCUCUGACAAAGGUGGUAGUGGAAUUCUCAUGAUGUUGGAAGGCGUCCAACGUAGGAUGGAAAAUCGUUAAGAUUCAGUUGGUCAUUGAAUGCAAUAAUUUUUAUUGGCAUUUUUAGUUAAAAUUAUAUCUCUUUCUGACUUCUAACCCUUUGAAUCCCACAGUCCCACUGGCAGUAAUAACCCUCUUUGUUCAGGUAUUUUGUAAAAAAAUUUUGUUUUUUUAUCCUCGCAAAAAUAUAACUACUACACUCCUUGCCAAUGUCACUUAAAGUCGGUAAAUCUGAAAGUUAAGAUCCUUUGAAAGGUAUUCUGCCAAUAUAUCUUAAUUGAGAACUAGUUCCUAAUGUGAAGACAAAGUAUUUCUUUAGAGACAAUUAACACCUGGUGAAAGCUUCAAAAUAUAUAAUUACAGAGUGAUUGUGAAUACGCAAAAAAAUCAUCUACACUAGAAAAAUUCACAACUCUUCACGAACCAUUCCAAAUCCAACACAUUCCAAUAUUCCACAGUGUUAAUUAAAUUUUGCACUGCUCCCGUAUUACAUAAAAGCCAAUGUAGAACGUAAAGUGUAAUUCAUUACAUUUACAAUUUCCUCCAGCUUCAUUGCGUUCUUCACUAAAUUAUGUUUUAAUUCAAUUGAGUGUAUAGAUAAGAUUAUUACAUUUUUAAUGCUGAGUUAAUAUAAAAACCAAAUGUUAAAUUUCUUGCCCUCCGUGUGAUCUCUUUACAUUCCAAAAGACAUUAAUUUUAGUUGCGUUGUUUGUACUUAUCUAAGCAAGUAUUAUUUUUAAUUUGUUGAUUGUUAAAAUAUGUAUUUGUGAUAUGGAAAGUAAAGGAGUGGCCAGUUCUUGUUGAAGAAUUUUUAUUUGUUAUUAUAAAAUUAACCAUUAAAUUGAAAACGAGUAAUUUAUAAAAAUUCUAAUGUUUGUGAAUCAAAAUACAUGUGAGAUUGCGCAUACCCGCUGCUUCAAUAUGUUUUAAUAAUAUUUGUUAAAGCCCAACUGGACAGAGUAAGUCUAAGUAUUUCUAACUUUUUUUUCAAUAGUUUACUUGUAUUGAAUGAAGAUUUUUAACUUCUGAGAUGAAGCCUCUUUUUUACUAUCCACGUCACACUCAGAGAAUUUCUAAAGUAAUAUUAAGGCCUAAUGUAGUUGUGUCUAAUGUCAUUUUAGCAGUAAGUUUAUUAUAUUGCGUUUGGAAUAAAAUUAGUUUGGAUAUGAAUCUUUGCCAAUUAAUUCAAAUAACUGUAACAAUUUACAGAAGUUCAAAAAAUAUUUUUGAUUUAUUAUGGAUAAGAGUAAACAAGAUUGUUGUAAAUUGAGUUUAAGAGAAAACGUACUCUUAAUAACGUAAUUGAUUGGAAUAAUUAAAAAUAAUUAAAUUUGGACUUGUACUUAAAAACUAAUUUAAUGGCUGCAUUGAUUCAAAUUUUUAAUUAAAAUUAAUUUCAAUGGCAGCUAUAUCUGAAGAAACAAAAUUUUGAAAUUUGAUUAGCUAUUGCUUUUUAUUUAAAAUAAAAGUUACCAGUUAAAAUCAACCAAAGAUUAUCUGAAAGAGUUGAGCCUUUGUUGCUAGUCUUGCAUUUACCAUAAAAAAAUAAUUAUAGAUCAUUUUUAUUUUAGUUUUAUUUUUGGGUACACUUUGUUUGUCUGUUUCACAAAAUGUAUAAAAUAAAUAAAGGAUUUACUUACUUAA